CACAAGCAUUUUAAUUUGAGUCCACAAAGUUUUGGAUAAUGAAAAGAAAUACAUAAUUUUAAUUCAACCCAAGUAUUUUCCAAGUAGAUUAUAUUUGCUUAAAUUGCUAUAGCAAUUCAAGGGACAGCCCUGCCUGGACACACAGUUACUGUGGAUUUUUAAGAGAUUCAGUUUAAGAAUUUAGGAAUUUCUGAUUCAUUUACAGGAUUUGCAAAUUCAUCAGCCCCUGAAAACUAAAGCAAACUCAACAGGACAAAAAAAGGAACAUGGGCUUUUCAAGUCCAGUGUGUGUCCUUUUCUUCUUUCUUGGAGUCAAAGUAUAUUGCCAGUAUGAAAGUUAUCAAUGGGAUGAAGAUUAUGACCAAGAACCAGAUGAUGUCUACCAACCAGAAUUCCAAUUUCAUCGAAAUGAAGAUUAUGGAGUUCCAUUUCAUCAGCAUACUUUAGGUUGUGCCAGUGAAUGCUUCUGUCCACCUAACUUUCCAUCAUCAAUGUACUGUGAUAAUCGCAAACUCAAGACUAUCCCAAAUAUUCCAGCAUACAUUCAGCAAGUUUAUCUUCAGUUUAAUGAAAUUGAGGUUGUGACUGCAGAUUCAUUCAUCAAUGCCACUCAUCUUAAAGAAAUCAACCUCAGCCACAACAAAAUUAAAUCUCAAAAUAUUGAUCAUGGUGUGUUUGCCAAAUUGUCAAAUCUACUACAACUCCACCUACAGCAUAACAAUUUAGAAGACUUUCCGUUUCCUCUCCCUAAGUCUUUGGAAAGGAUUCUUCUUGGUUACAAUCAGAUCUCCAGACUGCAGACAAAUGCUGUAAAUGGGCUAGUAAACUUGACCAUGCUUGAUCUUUGUUACAAUCAAAUUGAUGAUUCUACAUUACAAGAAAAAAUCCUUGCGAAAAUGGAAAAACUAAUGCAGCUUAACCUAUGUAAUAACAGAUUAGAAUCAAUGCCUCCUGGUUUGCCUUCUUCACUUAUGUAUCUGUCUUUAGAAAAUAAUUCAAUAUCUGCUAUACCAGAAAAUUACUUCAAUGAACUCCCAAAACUUCAUGCUCUAAGAAUGUCACACAAUAAACUACAAGACAUCCCAUAUUAUAUUUUUAAUCUUUCCAACCUUAUAGAGCUCAAUGUUGGACACAACAAACUGAAGCAAGCAUUCUAUAUUCCAAGAAAUUUAGAACACCUAUACCUAGAAAAUAAUGAAAUUGAAAAUAUCAAUGUCACAUUGAUGUGUCCAUCUGUUGACCCACUACAUUACCAUCAUUUAACAUACAUUCGUGUAGAUCAAAAUAAGCUAAAAGAGCCAAUAAGCUCAUACAUUUUCCUCUGCUUCCCUCAUAUACACACUAUUUAUUAUGGUGAACAAAGAAGCACUAAUGGUCAAACAAUACAACUGAAGACCCAAGUUUUCAGGAGAUUUCAAGAUGAUGGUGACAGUGAAGAUCACGAUGAUCACCAUGAAGCCACAGAAGAAGGAACAGAAGAAAAUGUUGACCCUCACUAUUAUGGAAGUCAAGAAUGGCAAUAAACUAUAUAGGUAUACAUUUAUAACUUCACGAAAUCUUAUUAUUCAGUAUAAAUUUAACUAAAUAUGCAUAGCUCGUAGUAAUAUACCUGGAAUUCUGUACUAGUAUGAGAUCAAGUUGAAUUUAGGUUGUUGACAACAUUUGCAUCAUUACACAGGAUUAGAACUUACUCAAAAUGAUAUAAAUCUUUAGAAAUGUAAAUUAGAAUGAUAAGUAGGAAUCAAAAACUACAC